AUGUUGGUGCUUAACUGUUCCACAAAACUGCAGACUCUAGAACAAAUGUUAAGGAAGAAUUUUCCUGAAUCCCUCAAGGUUUAUGGAGCAGUGUUAAAUAUAAAUAGGGGAAAUCCAUUCAAAAAAGAAGUGGUUGUGGAUUCAUGGCCAGAAUUUAAAGCUGUGAUUACUCGCCGACAAAAAGAGGCCAAAAGUGAUGCCCUAGACUCCUUUACAAAUGCCUGUGCUGUUUUCUACAAAAAUCUGCAAGCUUACCAGGCAUUGUUGGAGAACCCAGAAACUAUAAACUGGGAGCAAGCCUUCCAGAUACAAGGUUUACAGGAUGGCUUAUACAAAAUUUCCAAGAUUGUUGCUGAUGCCAAGCAUGUAAAUGUGAAGCUGUCUUCUUUCAAAAUGGUAAUCUACCCAGACCCAGAUGCACUUCCAGAUGUUCAACUUCCGAUAGUUCCUGCACCGAAACUGACUUCUCUUGAUGCAUCUCAUGCAAGUCUGCUGAAUAACACCUGGUCCAGAGGAGGCAGUGACCAAUGUCAGAAAUACCUCAUCAACCUCAUUUGCUGUUUCCCCAGCAUAUGCAUUUUGGAUGAACAUAGAUGCCCCAUCUCCUGGGGUCUGACAGACCAAUUUGCUACUAUGAUCCACGGCUAUACAUUGCCCGAGCAUCGUAGGAAAGGGUACAACCGUCUCAUUGCAACUAAUCUAGCUAAGAUGUUACACAGCAAGGGAUUUCCGGCUCAAGGAAAUGUUCUGGAGGAUAACCUUCCAUCAUUAAUUCUGCUAAAAAGCAUGAAUGCCAGAUUCUUACCUUGUCAGUUCGUCAGACUUAUCCACACCCCUUUUUGCCUUUUAGCUAAACUUGAGUGA